UCGAUAAGCGACCGCUUCAACUGGACGAGCUGCACAGACAGUUGGGGUAACGGGGCUGUUUUCAACCUCGAAAAUGGUCAAAUCGGGGAAACUUCGAUCCGGGACGGGGUCUAAACUCAAACGGUGGAAGAAAGGACACAGUAGCGACUCAAACCCGCAGACGAGUCAGUUUCGGCAGGCUGCUAAAAGCCGCUUCUUCAGCCGACCCACCGGAAAGAGCGACCUAACGGUUGAUGCUCUUAAGCUUCACAAUGAUCUGCAGGCGGGUCCGCUGGAGCUCGGUGGCCGUAAAGAUGCCUGUAUGGAAGAGGAGCCAAAUGAGGCUUUUUCAGAAAGGACCUCAGGUACUUUCCUCAGCGGCCUGUCGGACUGCUCUAACCUGACCUUCAGAAAGGUGCAGCGCUACUGGGAAUCCAAUUCAGCUGCGCACAAAGAGAUCUGUGCAGUGUUGGCAGCUGUUACUGAGGUGAUCCGUAGUCAAGGAGGGAAGGAGACAGAAACAGAGUACUUUGCUGCUUUGAUGACCACACUGGAGGUUGUGGAUUCAGCCGAGUCUCAGGCUGCAGUGGCGUACCUUCUCAACCUCGUCAUGAAACGGGUUCCUGUUCCUGUGCUCAUGUCAAAGUUCUCGGACACCACCAAAGCUCUGAUGGAGGUCAUGUCCAAACAGGCCAUGUUUGAGACUGCCUCGGCUCUUAGAUGGAUCGUGUCGUGCCUGGCCACUUUGAUGAGGAAGCAGGAUGCAUCUGUCUGGACUUACCCGUCUACUCUUCAGGCUUACCACGGUCUUCUCAGCUUCACAGUGCACAGCAAGCCUAAGGUCCGUAAAGCAGCGCAGCAAGGUGUUUGCUCCAUUCUCAGAGGUAGUGACUUCCUGUUUACAGAUAAUGCCCCGACCCAUCACCCUGCUGCAGCGACCACAGCCAAGUUCUGCAUGAAAGAAAUGGAGCAGGCAGGAGGCAGCAAAGAGGACACCACCACACUUCACGUGCUGGGUCUUCUGAAGGAGUUGAUGGGGACAUUUCCUCUAGGAGCUGUCAAGUCGUGUUGUGAGACUCUGCUGCGAGUGAUGACACUCAGCCAUGUGCUGGUGACCGCCAGUGCCAUGCAGGCCUUUCAUAGGCUAUUCAGCGGGAAGUCAAACGCCUCAACCCUCUCACCAGAACUCAAUGCACAGAUCAUCACGGCUCUGUAUGACUAUCUGCCCAGUGAGAAUGACAUGCAGCCUCUGCUGGCUUGGCUCGCUGUCAUGGAGAAAGCACAUGUCCACUUGGCGAGUUUGCAGAGUACUCUGAGUUUGGGUCACCUCCCUCGCCUCUUCUCUGCGGCCACGUCCUGCCUGUUGUCACCUCAUACGCAGGUGGUUUCUGCAGCCGCCAAUACAUUAAAGACAUUGUUGACUGAAUGUGUUGCCCCUCACAUGGAGGGAAUGGGCAUGAUCACCGCCACCGCCUCGGCAGGGAACCCCUCCUAUGUCUGCAAAAUGUUUCGCAUCGUAGAGGAUGGAUUGUCUUACCGCUUCCACGCCUCCUGGCCAUUUGUGAUGCAGAUCCUGGGUUGCUUCUAUCGAGCGGCAGGGAAACAAGCUCACCCCAUCAUGACCAGGUCCCUGCAGUCUCUGGCAGACCUGCGCUCCACUCCUCAUUUCUCCUUCAGAGGUGAGUUGGACCUGGCUGUAGGAGGCGCUGUAGAGAGCAUGGGGCCUGAAGUGGUGCUGGGUGCUGUGCCUCUCAACAUCACCGGCUACGAGGAUGACUUGGAGUUCCCACGCAGCUGGCUGAUCCCGGUCAUACGGGACCACGUGAAGAACACUCACCUUGGUUUCUUCUCUUCCUACUUCCUCCCUCUGGCCUCUACACUCACGCAGAGAGCUGUAGAAUUGGAGCAAGCCGGUCAGAAACUUGAGUCCAAAGUCUACAAGACAUUACAGACACAGAUUUGGACCAUGCUUCCUGGCUUCUGUACAUGUCCUGUGGACCUCCUGGCAUCCUUCAAAAGCAUUGCCCGCACUCUCGGUAUGGCUGUGAAUGAACGGCCGGACCUUCGGCUCACAGUGUGCCAGGCUCUACGUACGAUCGUCAACAAGAGCUGCUCCACCGAGGAAGAAAAAGCUGAAGUGGGCCGCUUCUCCAAGAACUUCCUGCCCAUCCUUUUCAAUGUGUACGGCCAGAAGCCUGCAGCCGGAGAGUCCGGCACCUACAGGAUGGCUGUGCUCGACACCAUCAAGGUCUACCUAACUGUCACUGAAACAGAGAUGAUCUGCACGUUCCUGCAAAAAGCCACAGACAGAUUGAGCAGCUCUGACACCACCGAGUUCACACGGCUGUCAAUGAUGGACCUUGUAGUUGCCAUGGCUCCCUUUUUAGAUGAGGACACCAUAACUAAAACCUUUGAGCUGGUUAAGCCAUAUUUGGAGACCAAAGAGCCAGGCAUGCAGAAGAAGGCGUACCGUGUGCUGGAGGAGAUGUGCGGAGGAGAGAGAGAUGAGUGCAGAUCGUUUGUCGUAGCUAAUCUGGAAACACUCAAAGUCGUCCUGCUCGAAACUCUGAAAAAUGCCUCCUCACCAGCAAAGAGGCCGAGACUGAAGUGUCUGAUCCACAUAGUGAAAAGGCUCAAUGAAGAACACAAAGACUUUAUAACAACACUGCUGCCAGAGGUGAUCAUCUGCACCAAGGAGGUGUCUGUUGGAGCGCGUAAUAACGCCUACAAUCUGCUGGUGGAAAUAGGAAACGCAUUUGUCCGCUUCUGUGGGAACACGAACGAUGCCAUGGAGCAGUACUUGAUGUUAGUGUACGCAGGACUUACAGGCUCCGUCACUAUGAUCACCUGUACAGUGUUGGCGCUAACUCGACUGGUGUUUGAGUAUAAAGACGCUAUAGAUGUGACCACGAGGGAGCAGCUGCUGCACAAUGUGUGUCUGCUGCUGACAUCGCGUACUAGAGAGAUAGUCAAAGCUGCCUUAGGCUUCAUCAAGGUCAUCCUCUUCAUCAUGGACCCAAAGACGCUGGCAUCCCAUGCCACUGUCAUGAUGAAGGGAGUUGGGAACAUCAAAGACGACGUGAGGAGGCACUUCAGAACCAAACUGAAGAACAUCUUUACUAAGUUCAUCAGGAAGUUUGGUUUUGAGCUGGUGAAAAGCAUGCUGCCUGCAGAGCACCACAAGGUCCUUGCAAACAUCCGCAAGGCCGAUGCUCGCACCAAGAGAAAGAAACAGGCUUCAGAGCAUCAGGACGACUCCGACAGCGAAGACGAUGGACCUAAAACCAAGAGCCAAAGUAUUGAGGACAUCCUCGCAGAUUCAGACAGUGAUAUGUCAGAGGACGAAGGAAAGAAGAAGUAUGCUCAGAAGAAAGCAGGCAAACCGCAGAAAGCAAGGGCCUGGCUCAAAGAAGGAGAGGAAGAUGACCCACUUAACUUCCUGGAUCCCAAGGUUUCCCAGAGAGUGUUAGCCACCAACCCAGCGAUGAAAAAGAGUGCCAAGGUUGAGCACGGCUUCAAGGUGACGUCAGACGGACGGCUGAUCAUCAGAGAGGAUGACGAGGAGGAUGUAAAAGACAACGACGAGGGAGAGCUGAAAGAUAUCCUAGAAGAGGCUGGAGUCAGGAGUAAAAAGUCACAGAAAAGGAAGUUCCAAAAUGACAACUUCGAUGAGGACAUGGACGUUCAACCCCAGCAAAAAUAUAAAGCUGGUGGCUCAGGUAUCCACAGAGCCCUGGGAGGAAGAGAAGACAUGGGGGCAGACUACAAGUCAAAGAAAGGAAAAGGAGACAUCAAGAAAAAAGGAAAGCUGGAUCCUUAUGCUUACAUCCCUCUGAAGAAGUCCCAACUCAAUCGAAGAAAGCGUGCCAAACUACAGGGCCAGUUCCAGGGCAUGGUGAAAGGAGCCCAGAAGGGGGCGCUGUCUGGAAAGAAAAUGCAGAAGAAAAAGAGGAAAGCCUGAAGAACAUUCUUCUAUUCCUCAAUGGACUUAAAUUGCGUUGUGUGUGUGUGUGUGAGAGAUGGUGUGUUACAAAAUGUAGACAUACACUGUGUGUGUGUGUGUGUGUGUGUGUGUGUGUGUGUGUGUGUGUGUGUGUGUGUGUGUGUGUGUGUGUGUGUGUGUGUGUGUGUGUGUGUGUGUGUGUGUGUGUGUGUGUGUGUGUGUGUGUGUGUGUGUGUGUGUGUGUGUGUGUGUGUGUGUGUGUGUGUGUGUGUGUGUGUGUGUGUGUGUGUGUGUGUGUGUGUGUGUGUGUGUGUGUGUGUGUGUGUGUGUGUGUGUGUGUGUGUGUGUGUGUGUCUGUGUCUGUGUCUGUGUCUGUGUCUGUGUCUGUUCCUGACAGAAACCAGUUUGUUUUUAAACUGUUUCUUCUUUCAAAGCUGUCUCCGACAUCAUACAACUUGGUGGACCUUUGGCUGUCAAAGAAACCACGCCACUGUAAUCUGUUGGUUCUGUAUCGGAUAAAAAUACCCGCCGUAAAGAAACUGCGUUUUGACUGCUUUUAAGCGCCCACGGUGCACCUCUGUGUCCGUCCGCGGGAAAUCUCACAUUCUAUUGCAGUAAUCUAAAUUGUAUUUUGGGUUCCCAGUUUAGCUGCAUGUUUGUCCUCUGGUGGUUGCGAUGUCUCACACUUUAUCAAAACACCCUCUUCACACAGCUUUGAGUUUUGUUUUAAUUAAUUUUUUUUUUAGCAAGAUUGUAUGAGGUGUAUUGUCUGACGACUUUAGCAUUCAUUGCCGCUAGGUUUUGAGUUUGAAGUGUGCUUUACGACGCAGCCCAUUGGUGUCUAGACGGAGGGGAUGGCCGACUGGGCUGUAUUCAUUCAUUCAAUCACACAAUACGGCAGUUGUCCUUGCAGACACACCUGGCGGAGAUCUGCAGUCUACUGAGAGCUCCGCUCUACUUUUCUCUAUUUUUCACUGGAGGGCGCUGUAGACUUCUCGGUUAUUACCAGUGAACAAAAGGCAUCAUUCAUGCAUUUAAGAUUAUUAAAUACACAUUUGGAGCUGUUUCUGUACUGAAGUUUGAAGCAAUAUUUUCUUGUUGAUAAUCCUGACCAGAAACCCAGUUAUCUCUAGCCUGUAGUUGGUUUUUCAUGCAGCUCCAUAAAGGGUGAGUUUACAUACUA